GUCGCUAUAACAUGGAUCAGUUGCUGAUAUCAUCAAAGAAUCGAUAGCAUUCCAUCUUGAAUUACACUCGUUUAUGUGUUCGACUGCUUUUGUCUAUUCAAAUAUGGCGCUGUAAAAGCCAAGGUUUGUUUUUUAUGGGUGCAAAGUAUGUUUAAGUGCAUUAACCGAACGGCCCAGUUUACGAGAGCUCUCCAGUCAGCAGGCAACAGUUUCCGUAUUAACCAAGAUCUUAGGCUUGUGUCAUCCUUGCCACUCAGAAUGAACGACCCGGCUCUGAAUAGGGUGGUUGGUGACAUCAUUCGCUCUCCUGAGGACAAACGGGUUUACAGGGGUUUGGAAUUCACCAACGGCCUGAAGGCAAUGCUCAUCUGUGACCCAACAACAGACAAAUCCUCAGCUGCUUUGGAUGUCCAAAUAGGUUCAUUAUCAGACCCAGCGAACAUCUCGGGCCUGGCGCACUUCUGUGAGCACAUGCUGUUCCUGGGGACAAAAAAGUACCCCAAGGAGAACGAAUACAGCCAGUUCCUCAGUGAGCAUGCUGGCAGCUCCAAUGCCUUUACCAGUGGGGAGCACACCAACUAUUACUUCGACGUGUCCCAUGAGCACCUGGAAGGAGCUCUAGACAGGUUUGCCCAGUUCUUCCUUUGCCCUCUGUUUGAUGAGAGUUGUAAGGACCGGGAGGUAAAUGCUGUGGACUCGGAGCACGAGAAGAACCUGAUGAAUGAUGCCUGGAGGCUGUUCCAGUUAGAGAAGGCCACUGGCAACCCUGACCACCCCUUCAGUAAAUUUGGAACAGGUAACAAAUUGACCCUUGAGACUCGGCCAUGUAAAGAUGGGAUUGACAUUCGUCAGGAGCUCCUGAAGUUUCAUUCCACAUAUUACUCCUCCAACCUCAUGGGACUGUGUGUGUUGGGAAGAGAAUCAUUAGAUGACUUGACCGCCAUGGUGGUCAAGCUCUUUGGAGAAGUGGAGAACAAGAACGUACCAAUCCCAGAAUUCCCUGAGCACCCCUUCCAGGAAGAACACCUCAAGCAAUUCUACAAAGUGGUGCCUAUUAAAGACAUCAGGAACCUGUAUGUGACUUUCCCCAUCCCGGACCUCCAGAAGUACUACAAAUCUAACCCAGGACAUUAUCUGGGACAUUUGAUUGGUCACGAAGGACCCGGAAGUUUGUUAUCCGAGCUAAAAUCUAAAGGCUGGGUGAACACACUUGUUGGAGGGCAAAAAGAAGGAGCCAGGGGAUUCAUGUUCUUUAUCAUCAAUGUGGACUUGACUGAGGAGGGCCUCUUGCACGUUGAGGACAUCAUCUUCCACAUGUUCCAGUACAUCCAGAAACUGCGUACUGAGGGACCUCAGGAGUGGGUGUUUGAGGAGUGCAAGGAUUUAAACAAAGUGGCCUUCAGGUUCAAGGACAAGGAGCGACCCCGUGGCUACACUUCCAAAGUGUCUGGUCUAGUGCACUACUACCCUCUUGAAGACAUUCUAGCAGCAGAGUACCUUUUGGAGGAAUUCAGGCCAGAUCUGAUUGAGAUGGUGCUGGAUAAGCUGAGACCAGAAUAUGUCAGAGUUGCAGUGGUGUCAAAGUCGUUUGAAGGGCAAACAAACAAGACAGAAGAGUGGUAUGGCACGCAGUACAAACAGGAGGCCAUCUCUGAGGAGUCCCUUGAGAAAUGGGCAAGUGCAGACCUCAACAACAAGUUCAAAUUGCCCAUGAAAAACGAGUUCAUUCCAACCAACUUCGAGAUCUACCCUCUUGAGAAAGACUCUCCACCCGUCCCCACUUUAAUCAAGGACACUGCAAUGAGCAAGGUGUGGUUCAAGCAGGAUGACAAGUUCUUCCUGCCCAAGGCUUGCCUGAACUUUGAGUUCUUCAGCCCUUUUGCGUAUGUGGACCCAUUGCAUUGUAACAUGGCAUAUUUAUACCUUGAGCUCCUCAAGGACUCCCUCAACGAGUAUGCAUAUGCAGCCGAGCUAGCCGGGUUGAACUAUGACCUCCAAAAUACCGUCUAUGGGAUGUAUCUGUCCGUUAAAGGUUACAGUGACAAGCAGCACAUCCUGCUGAAGAAGAUCGUGGAGAAGAUGGCCAACUUUGAGAUAGAUGAGAAGCGCUUUGACAUCAUCAAAGAAGCGUACAUGAGGUCUUUGAAUAACUUCAGAGCCGAGCAGCCUCACCAGCACGCCAUGUACUAUCUCCGUCUACUCAUGACUGAGGUUGCUUGGACUAAAGAUGAGCUCAGAGAGGCUCUGGAUGAUGUGACUCUCCCACGCCUCAAGGCCUUCAUACCGCAGCUAUUGUCACGGUUACAUAUCGAAGCCCUUCUCCAUGGCAACAUCACCAAGGAGUCUGCUUUUGGCAUGUUGCAAAUGUUGGAGGACGCGCUCAUCGAGCAUGUUCACACCAAGCCCCUCCUCCCGAGCCAGCUGAUUCGCUACAGAGAGGUGCAGGUUCCAGACGGUGGCUGGUAUGUUUACCAGCAGAAAAAUGAGGUGCACAACAAUAGCGGCAUCGAGAUCUACUAUCAGACAGACAUGCAGACCACCCACGACAACAUGCUGCUGGAGCUGUUCUGCCAGAUCAUCUCUGAGCCCUGCUUCAACACACUGAGAACCAAAGAACAGCUGGGCUACAUUGUGUUCAGUGGGCCUCGGCGGGCUAACGGGGUGCAAGGCCUUCGUUUCAUCAUCCAGUCGGAGAAGCCGCCCCACUACCUGGAGAGCCGCGUGGAGGCUUUCCUCUGCACCAUGGAGAAGGCUGUGGAGGAGAUGAGCGAGGAAGCCUUCCAGAAACACAUCCAGGCCCUGGCCAUCCGCCGCCUGGAUAAGCCGAAGAAGCUCUCUGCCGAGUGUGCCAAGUACUGGGGAGAGAUCAUCUCUCAACAGUAUCAUUUUGACCGAGAUAACGCUGAAGUGUCCUACCUGAAGACUUUGACAAAGGAAAACAUAAUGCACUUCUACAGAGAACGACUGACUGUCGAAGCCCCAAAGAGACACAAGGUGUCCGUGCACGUCCUGUCCAGAGAGAUGGACUCCUGUCCAAUCGUGGGAGAGUUCCCCGCUCAGAAUGACGUCAACCUGGCCCCUGCUCCCUCCCUGCCACAGCCCACACUGGUUCAGGACAUGACUGAGUUCAAGAGGAGCCUGUCUCUCUUCCCCUUGGUCAAGCCUCACAUCAACUUCAUGGCUGCCAAACUGUGAGGGAGGUCGGCAGGUCAACAUGCAGCAGCAAGGAGGCGCUGGGGAGGGCAACCGCUAGGGGCCACACUCUGUUUCCCCACCUACACCCCUCUCCGCUUCCCAUCAGGAAGCCUUUAAUCUGAUCCUGCGUGCUUGUGUGUCUGUCUGUGUGUGUGUGUGCGUGUGCGCGUGUGCACGGGUACGGGUAGCAGGCAGGAGGGGAAAAUAAAGAAAAGUGUGUACUUGAAUCAUAAAGUUAGCCGUGGUUGUCGACAUAGCUGUGGUGACGAUAGAGGUCACUUCAGACUCACCUCCAUGUUGUAAGUCUCUGAAACACUCACACGCAUCAUAAUACUGUUGUAGAGGAAAUAGAAACAACCGUUUAACAAAAAAAAAAGAUGAGGGCCAGAUCCCUUUUUAAUCAAAUUCAAGUGUCCUGCAGAAGCUUCACAGUAGGAGGCGUUUUUAUUUGAAUUAUUCAGACAUGCUGCUUUGAGAAUGAUAGCUGGGUUAUUGUGAAGAACUGUGGGCUGUAGAAGUCAAAGAUAUGGACUCCAUGAGGGUCCUCUUUUAUUUGUUGGACAUACAGUUCGCCAUGUGAUUCUCUGAGGCGCCACAGCUCUCCUGGAGAUGCAAAAGACGCACGGUCACAUGGACCAUUUAAAUUUAAAUCGUUGCAUUUCUGAAGAAUAUCUCUGUUCCGUACUUCUGGUUUUAAUCCUCGUGGGUUUUGAAUUAUUGCUUGUAAACUGGUAAAAUGUUGGGACCUUUUUGAGGAGCUGUUUGAAAAACUGCUCAACACAAAAUCGUGAUGAAUAAAAAAAAAUAUAUUUUCA